CUGAUCGGCAAGCCCGGUGUAGACAGCCCAGUUGGCUGGAUCACUGCGUCUAUUAUAAUUACGUUUUGCUUUUCUGAGAUUUUUUACCUGAUUGUGGGAGAUGAAGUAGUUAGCUCCAUUGGGAAAGGGAUCUGUGUUCUAGUAGGCAUAUCUAGAGAUGAUACCACAAAAGAAAGUGAUAUUUUGGCUAGAAAGAUACUGAAUUUAAGAAUCUUUGACAGUGAUGCGGGGAAGAGAUGGAACAAAAAUGUGAUGGAUAAAAAAUAUGAAGUCCUUUGUGUUAGCCAGUUUACCUUAGAGUGCAUCAUGAAGGGAAACAAACCUGACUUCCAUGCUGCAAUGGGUGGAGAAGAAUCACAAACAUUUUACAACAACUUUUUAGAAAAGUUAAAAUCCAUGUAUAGUCCUGAAAAAAUAAAAGAUGGGAGGUUUGGGGCCUACAUGCAGGUGAACAUACAGAAUGAUGGGCCUGUCACAAUACCAAUAGAAAUUGACUCUUCUUUUGAUAACAACCGCGAUAAGGGAUAUAAACAAAACAAAAAGAAAGCAACUGUAAAUGAUAGUAGUUCAGAAACUAUAGCUACACUGAAGAUAUCAGAAAGCGAGACCAAUAAUGUAGAUGACAAAAAAAUACCUUCACAAACUUAGCAUAUGGACUCCAUGUUAUGUUAACACCACUAGAUUUCAUAUCAGAUGUUUGAGUCAGGAUGACCCUGGAUAAAGCAAAUCAAGAGCAAAAUAAAGAACAGCAUCUAUAAAAAACAGUAUCUGAUAAAGAACAGCAUCUGAUAAAGAACAACAUCUGAUGAAACCUGGAUGAAUGAAAAACCAAAAGAAACUGUCUCCUUGUUAUAAUGAGCUGUAUUUAUUGUUCAGUUGUUAUAAGUUGAAUACAUCAAUCAUAUAGUUUUGGAAAAUAAUAAAAAUAGAACUAUAACUUUAGGAUUUCAUCAAAUAAUCAUGAAAUGCUCUGUAAGAGCAAGGACGUCUAUCUCUUUGGUGAGAGAUAAUUUGACAAUUUAUAAAGCAAAAGAUAAUCAUAGUUGAUUUGAUUUAGCUUGAUUUCAUAAUUGAGACCAUUGAAGGACAAUUUUGGCUCCCUUUUAUAUGAUUCUAGUGCAUGUAACCAUGGAAAUACAUGUAUUUAAAUAUGAAUGGCUAAAGUACAAAUACUGCACUUGUUGUAUUGUGGAUACCAUUUGAAUAACAAUAGUAAUAUAUUAAUAAUAAUAAUGAAUAUUAUUAAACCAC